CUUGCUCACUCUUGCUCACGACCUCCUCCAUCUCCUCCUCGUCGUUCCUUCCAACUAGCGACGCUCAGCUCUCGAUAAAGGAGCACAUCUACCGCUCCCAUACCCUACAAUCCUAGUCUAAUUCUCUUUACCGCUCACAAUGCCUGGAACACAUUUACUCCCACCCAACCUUCUCAAACUCUUCGCUCCUCGUCCCCCACUCCCCUACACUCGUCCACUUGACAGGGACAUCGACCGCGUCAGGCCUAAAAAUAUCGAGGGCGUAGGCCAGUUGCUCGCCCGUAUGCGUGAAGACAAGACUCAGGGGAUGCUCAGCACCGGUGAAAGUGAAGGAAUGGAAGAAGGCGAAGACCCUGGCUUCACUCACGCUGAAGAGACAAAGAGGGCGAUCAGGAGAGAAGAGAGGCUGAGGAAAAGGCAGGAAGAAUUCAAGGCUGCAAAAGAAACUUACAAGCCUGCUGACGAUCCUGAAGCCGUCGGCGAUCCAUACAAGACUCUUUUCAUUUCACGACUACACAAAUCAGCCACCGAAAACGAUCUCCGACGUGAAUUCGAAGGCUUCGGCAGCAUCGAACGCGUGCGCAUCGUUCGCGACAAAAAGGGCAGAUCCAAAGGUUACGCAUUUAUCGUUUUUGAACGUGAACGCGACAUGAAAGCGGCUUACAAGGAAAGCGAUCGCUUACAUAUCAUGGGCAAACGUGUCCUCGUCGACGUCGAACGUGGCCGUACCGUAAGAGGUUGGAAACCAAGGCGUCUCGGUGGCGGUCUCGGCGGUCGUCCUAAACCUGAACCUCCCCUUCCACCUUUCGUCGGUGCAGUUCCCCCACGUGGCGGCGGCGGCGACAGAGGCGGGGGAUUCCGUGGAGGAGGAGGGUUCCGUGGUGGCGAUAGAGGCGGAUUCCGUGGCGGUAGAGGUGGUGGGUUCAGAGGGGGUGACAGAGGCGGGUUCGGUGGCGGCUUCCGUGGUGGCGACAGAGAUGGCUUUGGCGGUGGACGAGGUGGGUUCAGAGGUGGCCGAGGUGGUGGAAUCGGAUAUCAAGGCGGCGGCUUCAGCGAUCACGGCGCCAACGGCUUUGGUGGCGGAGCUCCAAGCGGUCCUGGCUACGGCCCACCUGGUGGAGGAUUCGGAGGUCCCCCCGGCCCUGGUGGUCCUCCUGGUGGGUAUGGCGGUGGUCCCCCUGGUGGAGGGUACGGAGGAGGGUAUCGAGGAGACCUCAAACGUGAAGGCCCAGGCAUGUAUGAUGACCGAGACGCGAAGCGUCCGAGGUAUUAGGCAGGCAGGUGGUCAAGGAUUUGGACACGAACGACCCAUGUUUUGGGUGUGUAAGUGACCAAGGUUGUGAUUCCCUUUUUCUUUCCAUGGUUCGCAUUUUUUCUUCACUCGCGUUGGUUUGUUCUUUUUUUCUUUUAUUUUGCUGCUCUGGCUCCUCACCGUCGGCUUGCCCCCAACUCUCCUGUUGUCUCAUCUAUCCAUUAUGCGUAAGUAUUAGGCUGGUGUCUCCGUACGUGUAUGCUUCGACAGGUAAUGUACAAAGGCAAGUAUAACAUGACCCUCUGCCCUUCCGAGUGCCCUGACCCUCAUACAUCUGUCAUACCUUGUUGAAUUCAAAAUGUACCAUUGAGUUGUCUCUUGGCUUUGACGAGUGACCCGACCGGACAUUCAAUUCUCCUG